AUGGACGACGAUCAGCAGUUCUGCUUGAGGUGGAACAACCAUCAGUCGACGUUAGUGUCGGUGUUCGAUAAUCUUCUUGAGAAGGGAAUGCACGUGGAUUGCACCCUGGCUGCAGAGGGUCAGACACUAAAAGCGCACAAAGUAGUCCUGUCGGCAUGCAGUCCCUAUUUCGAGAGUGUACUAUCACAACAGUAUGAUAAACAUCCAAUAAUAAUCCUAAAAGAUGUGAAAUAUGCAGAGCUGAGAGCUAUGAUGGACUAUAUGUACCGUGGGGAAGUGAACAUAUCUCAGGAUCAGCUGGCUGCAUUGUUGAAGGCUGCUGAAUCUCUUCAAAUUAAAGGUUUAUCAGACAAUAAGCCCUCCAGGCCACCGUCGCGCCCAGCGCAGGCAGUUCCUGCACACCCGCCUCGUGCUCCCUCUCCACCUCCACAGCCCCGAGAUGGAAGCAUAGACAGCCGCGAAGGUUCAGUGUCACCAACUCGUCGCCGAAAGAAAGCGCGUCGCAUGUCAACCGAAGGGCCGCCAUCAUUAACGUUACCUCCACCGAACGACAACGCGCAGGGCAAUGGAGACGACCAACCACAAUGUAAAGAGGAGGUGCAGAGGGAUGGAGUUGAAGACCUAACUUUGGACGAGGAAACUGAUGACCAACCGGCAGUAGCGCACAAUGACGUUGUACGCAAUUUCCAAUGGCACAUGGAACGAUCUCAAGAUGACAUAAUGAACUCGAGUGACGGCGCGAGAGAGUCUCAAGGUCGAAAAACGUCACCGCGACAUAAUAUAAUGACGCGUAGUAAAAAAGUAAACGAGACUACGACUCUAGCGAUACUGAAAAACGUCAAGUCCCCGCCGAACACGCCGAGCUCGGGCGGCGACCCCUCCCCCGCCCCCCCGGCCCCGGCGCCGGCCCCGCCCCCGCCCGCGACGCCCGCGGCCGAGGAGGCCAAGGAGAACAAGAAGCACGACAACAAGAGCCCGCCGGAGCCGAAGGGCGGCGCCAAGCCGUCGGGGGAGAGCGGCGAGCGCGACAAGACGGCCGCGUCGCGCUACAACAUCUUCCCGCGCGGCGACCGCGCUAACUUGCCGUGCGCGCAGUACAAGACGGACAAGGGCUACCGCUGCCCCAACUGCAUGCGCUGCUACAACGCGCGCAAGAACCUCGUGCGCCACGUGACGCUGGAGUGCGGGCGCGAGCCGCAGUACAAGUGCCCGCACUGCGCCUACAGCAAGCACCGCCGCAACGAGCUCAAGAAGCACAUCGAGAAGAAGCACCCCGAGCACCACGCGCCCGACAAGUGA